AGGAGAAAGGGGGGGGGUCGCCACGAGGGAGGAUUAUGUCAGCAACCCGCGGGCGUGGAUGCAGCCAGCCUCCCUCGCACCGACGCAGCCUUGCGCUAUCACAAGCAAUCCAUCAACCCAUCCACCCACAUCCGUGACGCCAACCUCGACCUCGUCCAUCGCAGCGGCGCAACUCUCCCAUUUCCCUCCCAUCUCCAUAUCCAUAACUCGACAACCACCAACCACCGCGCAAACUGACCAACCAACAAGAAUCAACGACCAUGUCGCCGCCGCAGCAACCAGCAGCAGCACCACCACAACCACCUUCGCAGGACCCCGCCGCCGAGCAGGGAGGAGGAGGAGGCAACAACGCGAGCGCGGCGCAACCUUCUACUACUGCCGCUGCUGCUGCCGCCCCCGCCGCAACUGCUGGUGGUGCCCAACAACAGCAAGGCGGCGAGGACGAGACAGGCGGGUAUGCGCCGCUGGUGGACCCGCGGCUGCCCACGCGCAAGGACACGUCGCUGAAGGAGUUCCUGGCCCGGAUCGACGAGUACGCGCCGAUUAUCCCCGACGGCGUAACAAACUACUACAUGACCAAGGCAGGCCUCCCGCCCCCGCCCCAGACCGACCCGCGCCUCGCAAAGCUCCUCGCCCUCGCGACCCAGAAGUUCGUCGCCGACAUCGCCGCCGACGCAUACCAGUACUCGCGGAUCCGCGCCUCCAACAGCGCCGCCGCCAACAACCCCAUGGGCAACCUGGGCGCCGCGGCGGGCUACCCCAUCCCGGGCCAGCAGGGCGGCGGGGCCGGCGGCGGCGGCGGCGGCGGCGGCGGCGGCAAGGGCGGGCAGGGCGGCGCGUCUGCCGCUGGUGCCGCGGGGCAGGCGCUGCUGGGGAUCCAGAGGCCCGGCUUCGGCGGCGGCGGGCAGGGCGGGAGCCAGAACCGGACCGUGCUCACCAUGGAGGAUCUGGGGAUGGCGGUUGGGGAGUAUGGGGUCAACGUCAAGAGGAGCGAGUUCUACCGGUGA